AUGGAGCUGUGUGCUGUUCUCCUCUGGGCUCUUGUUUCUGGAGUUUAUGGCAUUGCAUUAGAAAAUGUCGAUCUUGGACCUUGUAUGUCAGAAUGCCCAGGUACUGGUCAGCUGGCGUUCCAGAAAGGAUACAGAUACAUCUACAGUUAUUCUGCAGUCACCGAGACAUUUUUGCAAGGAACUUCUUCUGACAAGAGUCUUCUGACGUUAGAUUGCAUUAUUCAGAUAGAAGUCGUGGGAAAAUGUCACAUGCUUUUAAAGAUACAAAAUGCACACUUGAAGGCAAAUAUGACAUCAAAGCAAGGUUCACAGAAGGAAUUCAUAGAGUUACGGGACAAUCUAGAAAAGCAUCCACUGCAGUUUUCGUAUCAUGAUGGGAAAAUACAAAGGAUUUGUCCUGUACGAGAAGAGAAGACAUGGGCUCUGAAUGUCAAGCGAGGAAUCCUGAGCGUCCUGCAGGGCAACCUCAAAACACCUUCUGCUGGACGGACCAUUGAAGAGAUUGAUGUUUUGGGAAAAUGCCCCACAACAUAUGAGUUCAGAGGACAAUCUGUCUGGAAGAAAAAAGACUUGACUCAUUGUUCAAACCGGAUAUUAGGAUCCACAUCCCUUAGAUCGGUUCCUCUUCCCGGUAAAACUCAAAUCCUUGACUCAAACCUGGAAUGUAUGCAAAACUUUAGAGGUGGUGUCCUGGCAGAAGCCACGUGCAAUGAAUCUCAUCUUGUCACACUGUUUUCCCGGGAAGGAAAUGGCGCAAAAACCAAGACUCAAAGUGUUCUUAAGCUGCAGAAAACAGAAGUGGAUAUUAUAUCUAAUAAAGUGCUGCCUGCGAGGGUUUAUGUCACCAGUCUGAUGUAUGAAAAGGAAACGAGCCCUGCUAAGCCGGGAGGAGAAGAUGCAGCUGAAACUGUCAGGAGCCUGUGUCAGUCUUCACACUUGAACUAUGAGACCACAGACCUGUUCAUAGGUUUGGUGUUUGAGCUGAGACUUCUGUCCUCUGAUGCACUGUCUGAACUAUGGCAAAGGUCAUCAUUUAAAUGCAGAGAUAACUGGCAACCCCUGCUGGACGCUCUUCCAUCUUGUGGAACUGAGGCCUGUGUUGGUUUAAUGAAGGAAAUCCUUCUUUCAAAGGAAUUAGAAGAUGAGAAAAUGGAAUCCUUUCUCUGGUCACUGGCUUUCAUAGCAGAGCCAACAUCUGGGAUGAUAGGAUCCCUAACAAUGCAGGGUGUAUUAAAAGCUAUUGGAAAUGCUGGAUUGGCUGCUAGUUUACUAAUACCCACACUAAACUGGUGUGCCCUCAUCAAAACCAAUCCUGAAAGCACUAGACUGGCGGCUGUGGAUGCAUUCAGGAGGAUUCCCUGCUCUGCUAAUAGAGACACAUUGUCCCAGCUUUAUGAAGACCUAGAAGAGACGGUAGAAAUACGGAUUGCGGCAUACUAUACUGCUAUGAAGUGUCCAAGCCAGGAGCUAUUACAUUUAGUGCGGGAAACACUCCGAUAUGAGACAUCGACACAAGUUGGGUCCUUUGUAUGGAGUCACCUGUCUCAACUCCUAGAAUCUGAUGAUCCACUAAAACAAGCUAUUGCAGAUACCCUCCCUGAUGACAUUCUAUCCAAGGACUUUGAGGGAGAAUCAUGGAAAUACUCAACAUACUCAGAUGCUACAGUUCAUUCAGAAUCUGUUGGUGCUAAUUUGGAGGCUUCUUUAAUCUUUACACCAUCCUCCUUCAUUCCACGUUCUGCAAUGGCCAACUUUACCAUGCAUACAUUGGGACGGGCAGUUAAUAUAAUGGAGCUUGGAAUUCGCUUAGAAAAUGCAGAAGACCUUCUCAAGUCAAUGUUGGGUCGUCACUCUUCAACAUUAAAUGAAAUUCUUGUGGAAAAAGAUGAGGAAGACAAGAAGUUUUCUUCUGAACCACCCAUUGAGACUGUAACAUCACCUACUGAUAAGAAGCCUACAUCUAAGAGGUACAACCCUGGGGAACUGAAUGAAAAAAAGUCUGAUCAGCAAAAAGUCAAGAAAUCCAAGCACAGCUGUCCAAGUGGAAAGUACAACAAACUAAAUGAGCUGCAGCAGAAGUUUACCCAAGGAAAGAGUGACAAAAAAGAGCUAAGAUGUGGGCUAAGCAUGAAGAUCUUUGGGAAUGAGCUCAUCUUCCUGGAUUAUGAGGGAGUCAGAGAUACAGUGAAGCAACACUCCUUGAGCCUGGCUGGACUUGCAGUAAAACUCCUUAAGGGCCAAGAAGUUCAUUACACAAGAAGGCUAACCCUCGCAGCAGACAGCGUUAUAUUUCCAGCAAUUUCUGGGUUUCCAGUUCAGCUUGCAAUUAAUGCCUCGGCUUCAACCAGCAUCAAGAUCAGAGGAAAUAUGGACUUGAAGCAGCAAACAAAUUUUUUCAUAAAUGGAUAUAUUAAGCCAAGUGCUUCCCUUCAGCUGUCUGCUCAUAUGGGAAUUACCGGAGCAGUGGGAAAGAUUGGGCUGAAAUGGGUAACUGGUAUAAAAACCAUGAGCAGCUUGGAUGGGGGUAUUCAUAUGAGGCGUGGGCAGGAUCUCAAGGUUUUCCUGAACACACAUGAAGAAUCUAUGGAAAUACUAGACUACAGCUCCCAGUUGUAUCUUAUGACGUCAGAUGUUCUGGAAAAAAUCAAAAGUCCCAGAGGUCAGGCUGAAAGAAAAUCUUGCAUGAAUGAGGAUGCGUCCAAGCUCCUGGGGUGGCAGCCUUGUUUUGAACUGUCUUUUCCUGAUGGAAAAAAUCUCUUACCAUUCCCCUGGUCUGGACCGGGAAAAGCAUCUCUUGUGUUAAAAAAGCAUGACAAAGGGCUGCAGCAAUAUCUCCUUGAAGCUUCCUACAACCAGGUUUCACAGAAAGACGGUUGGCUGCCAUAUGAAGCCACAAUGCACUUUUUCCUGGGAACGCCAAAAUCUGAAAUUAAAAGGGAUGUUGGAAUUGACCUGUAUUAUAACAUCCCACAUAGAAAAUUCAGGCUAAAGCUUUUACAUCCGAAAAAGAAGGUUCAGAUGGAUGGAAGAAUUGAAUCCUCAAGAAAUUCUAGGAAUGGACACUUGGAAUUAAUUGUGGACGACAAGGAGAUCUAUUACAUUAAAGGAAUGACAGAUUUGCAGACAGUGGGUGGCGAACAGCGAUAUUCUGCAGUGGCAGAACUGAAGUUGAGCAGACACGGCAGCCCCAUCGUCCUCGCAGGAAACAUUACUAAACAGCUUGGGAAGAAGAUGGCGUUUUCUGCAUCACUAAAUAACUUACUCAAGGAUACUGCCUUUAUUACAGUUUUAAUUGACAAGAAGGCUGACGAUAAAAUGAAGCAGUACUCACUUGAGAGCGAGGCCUAUGUUCCCGGAGUAUUUGGGUCACAUGGGAUUGGACUUCUGCAAAAACGAGGGAGUGUAUGGUCAACUGCCAUGAGGGUCAAGUACGGACUUUUAGGUGAUGCAAAAUUUCUCCGCCAUGAAUGUGACACAGGCCAAAAAAUAAAAAUCGACACAGAUUCUGAAGAACAGUACACUGCUGACUUUGAGCAUGAAUUUCAUUGUACACAAAUUCAAACUUUAAACCACAAGGUGCACUUACAUCAUGAAGAGUUUGCACCUCACAUACAUUCAUACCUGGAGGUGAGCUAUGGGAAACACUGGGAUGAAAUGAACAACAAAAAGAAACUGUUCAUCAGUCAGACGUUCAAGAACAACUCAAAUCCUUCAUCAUCCAGCUACUUCAUGGAGAUACUGUAUAAAUUAGUAAAGAAGGGACAGAAUUGA